AAAAGGUUUGCUGACUCGGCGUUUCCGGGCUGCCGCUGCCCGGCCAUGGGGAAGGGGGCGCAGAUUCCGCCCAAAGGCCGGCUGGCGGCCACGGGCCAAUACUUGCCCAAGAGCGGGGGCUGCAUCUCCACGAGUAAAUCGGGGAAGGCGUGCCAGCGACCCCGGGAGAGCAAGCUGAUCCCCUACUGCAAGCAGUGCAUGGAGAAGGGGGACCCCUCGCUGAAGGCGGUGAAGCACCCGCGCUUCGGGAAGAUCCUCAUAGCCACCCGGAACCUGCCCAAGGGCUACUACGUGGCCUGGUGGGGCAAGCUCUGGAAGAAGAAGGGCAUCCCCAAGAAGCGCAUGGAAUGGGCGCUGGAGACCACCAAGGGCAUGGUGGACGCCGUGCCCUUCCCGGGCAGCUUGCUCAAGUUUUGUGCCUGCCCAGGCCCCAGCGAGCUGCCGACCAUCGACUUUGCCCCGAACAGCGACCUCCUCCUCAAGAGCCGGGAGAAGUUGGCGGCGGUGAUCUUCCGGACUUUGCGGCCCAUCCCCCGGCACUGGCAGGUGGAUAUGAUGUACAACAAGGACGAGAAGAGCACCGACGAGUUCUUCAAGGAGCGGGGCGUGGCCCGCGGGGACGUGGGCACCAAGAGGUACCCUGCGGUACGGAAGAAGAAGGCAGGCCCAGCGGCCUGGUCGCGGAAGGCGAAGCCCAUGAAGACAAAGUCCAAGGGCACGCGGUAGUCUCAAGCACUUCGGGCGACGAGGAUUCAUAGACUGGUUGAGAGGGGUCGAACCUCCAGCCCCCGGACUGAUAAUGGCAAGGAUUCAAGAACCUCUG